CACAUUGUUCAUCGAUAUCGAUAAUGAUUAUAAUGAGUGAUAUCAAAAAUUACCUCAAGUGCGCCCGUUUUAGUGACAAAGGAAUGUUUAUUUGCGCAAAAUGGAUACGAAAAUAGUGUUGUUUGUGCUUGCUUGUGUUAUUGGAAAAACUGUUGGUCAAUUAAGAUGCUACUCCUGCAGUUUUUCAUCAGUAGACUCCAACCAGGAGUGCUUGACGAUCACCGAUGACACACCCACUGUUGAUUGUCCGCAUACAUAUUGUACCAUUCUGAGACAAGAAUUUAUGGAUCCUGUUGGUCAAGUUGCCAGUUUUAGCCGUGGUUGUGAGGCCAGACCAGUUUUCCUGAAUCAUGAAGUAUCGGAUCAUACGUUCAGAACCUUUUACAGAGCUUGUACUUCUGAUCGUUGUAAUAUCGGUGAUGGAAUACAGUCGGUAGUUGGUGGCAAUUUAUCUCCAACACCAGAAUAUAACGGAAAGAAUCUACUUGUACCCGGCACAGGCAGCAGUGCAGCUGUAAAAAUGAGCGUUGUGUUAUUACUUAUAAGCAUUUUUAUGGGGACCAUAAUAUAAUUUUUAUUGUUUAUUCUAUUUUACAACAACUUCUCUUUUAUUACUUUGCCUAAACCUACCUAAUUAACCUACUUGCUUCCCAAUUUUGUUUGUUCAUUUAUAACUCGUCAGCCGGUCAGCACCCACUAUAAAAUACCAUAAGUGCAUUCCUAUCAUGUCGAUAUUACGUAUAAUAAUCUGGUUUCAUUCAUAUAAAUAUUGAUAAAAUGUUAAUUUGUGAACAAAACGAACUUCAUGAUAUACAAACUACCUACGUAAACCGUAAAAUUGUACUCAUUGCUAUGGCAACCAGAAUGUAAAUAAUUCUAUGAUUAUUUUGUAGGUGUAGGUAUCAAUGUAAAUUAGUGGUAGAUUCAUGAAAAUCUUGUAGGAUUUCAAUAAAAAUGUUUUCUUCUGGUGUUUUCAUUCAAGGUGUUUUGAACGUAUCUAUAAGACUUUGACAGUUUCCUUAACGCAAAAUGUCAGUCUAGAAGAGUAAUAGGUUAUGUUGUCUAUAUUUAGUAAAAAUGUAAUUAGUAACAUAAAUUAAUAGUUCUGUUGGUUGAAAACCAAACA